UGGCCGCCCCGUGCCCGUCACUUCCUGCCCCCGGGCCGGGGCCGCUUCCCCUUUAAGGGCAGGGGGUGCUGCCGCGGCGGCUGCGGCGGCUGCUCGCUAUGGUGGUGCUGAAGAGCCUGGAGGGCAGCUCGGCCGAGGUGGCGGCGACCGUGACCCCGGCGGCGACCCCUGCGGCGGACGGGGGAGGAGGAGGAGAAGGAGCGGCGGCGGCGACCCCCCCAGGAGCGCCGCCGGGCGGGGAGUCCUACCUACAUUACCACUCUCACCUCCCGAGCUCGAGGGCCAAGCGUUUUACCCCUGCCAAGCGGAGGCAGUAUUUCAUCAACCAGGCAGUGCGAAACUCAGACCUCACGCCCAGGGCCAAGGGCCGAAAGAGACUACAGCGGAUGGAGAAUAGCCACUAUUUGAUGACACUUAUGGAGAGGAUUGAGUGUUCCCCCGAUGAUGGGGAACUGGCCCUCCCUGCUACUCCCAGCAUCUUUGCCAAAGCCUGCAGCAAUGAGACCUACAUCGAGAUCUGGAGUGAUUUUAUGAACCGGUCUGGGGAGGAGCAGGAGCGGGUGCUCCUGUAUCUGGAGGAGGAAGCUACGAAAAAGCACAAGGGCAAGGUCCCUGCUAAGACAACUGAGGAUAAUCGGAAAGAAGAUCCAUCUUACACACCCCAGGCCUGCUUCCAGAGGAUUAACCGUCGCCUUCGGACCACCCUGAAGCGGGGGAGAAUCCCCAUGGACACACUGGAGGGUCUGGAAGGAAAGCUCCUGCGGUUUUUUUCAGUCACUCCUCGAUCUGUCUACAUAGCCAUGAUGGAUAGCAGCUUCGAGAGGCUCUUGCUUCAUGCCCUCUGCCAGUACAUGGACCUGGUCUCUGCCAGUUCCGACUUUGAGGGUAGACGGCAGAUGAAAGUCAGCAACAAACACACCAACUUUUUGCCUCCGGAGCAGUUGCUGUCUGCCUACCUAGAGCAGAGAAGCUGAUGCAUCCCUCCUUCUUCCCCACCCUGGGGCAGGGAUGGUCCCUCCUGUCAUCUCCCUCCCUUGGGCAGCAUGGUCCCCAGAUCUGUUGUCAUUGUUGUUAUUAAUUUUUUUAAUCUACCCUGAACUCUGCCUGGCCCACUUUGCUUAGAUCUGGGGGUUUGCUUCUGGUAUUUUAAAUUUUUUUUGACAAGGUACUUAAGAAGUCCUGAUUUUUAUCUUUUUUGGUGGAUUUUACCCCUGACUUGAAAGUCUCUCAUUCCUCUUCCCUGCCCCCUCUAAUCUAUCAGCCUUUUUCUUUGGAAGCGGGAUCCCCGAAAGCUCUGCCUGGGGUCCUUCCCCCUCAGAUUCUUUUGGGUCUCCUGGAGGUAGCUCCAGACACCCCGUUUCCAAACAAGCCCCCUGUGGAUGCUUACACGCCCACUGUGCUGUGGCCGCAGGGAUCUGGGCUGUUCACUGAGCAACUUCAGGGAGUGAGCAGCCUUGCCCGGAUCAGUGCCACCUGCCCAGAGGGAAGUAGGCUGGCAGGCAGGAUUUUAUCCUUAUUAUACAAUUAAAAAAAUUUUUUUUUUUCAGGAGGGUUGGGGAGGGUGUGGGAGUUGGUUUGUUUUGGUCUUGGCAAAAGAAACCAAAUUGGAGUUGGAUUCCCAUUGGGUUCUAGCUCUCCCCAGAUGAUCAAUUUGUGUAGCUAGAGGUGUCUCCACUGCCCUCUGCCCCCCCCCAGCCAUUAAGCCAUCCCCCAGGCUGGUCGGAGUGGCCUUGGUGCAGUCUUCUGAUGUGGCCAGCAGGGCUGGGGAUGCUUACAUUAUUGCCCAUACUACGACCAUAGAUUUUCUAUAGUGUGUUAUGUGUAUGUGUGUAUGUGUGCACAUGUGUGUGUGUGGCUCUGACACCUCCCCCCCCCCAAAGCAGGGCAGCUCCAUCCUCUAUCCUCUAGAGAAUGAAUUUUUAAGAACCCCAUAUUGUAACUCUGGGCCUGAAAGGCCCCAGGAGUCUACUUUUGGGGGGGUGUGUUUGGUUUUUAAAUUGUCUGUGCCCUCCCGUGGUGCCUUUUUUGCAGACUUACUUGUUACCAAUUGCAUGGUGGGUGAAGCUAUGGGGCCCCAGCCCACCCCCCCUGCUCUAAGCCCCAGUGGCGCAGUGACCCUCCUGGGGAACUGUUUGCCAGCCAGGGCCCCAGGUCCCAGAGCUUGGUGAUCCUGGGGGAGUUGGGGCCCCUGGUCAGUAACAGCCUCUCCUGCCCACAUGCCUACAUUUGGGCCUCCCCUCCCCUCCCCUCUGCUCCCAGCCAUGGGAUAGACAAAGGGGAUAUGGGCUGGAGGGUUGAUGCCCUGGGCCUACCUCUGUUCUGAGGCUCACUGCCCAGACAGGCCUUGAGGGCCAUGGGUGGAGAAGGCAAGGGGGGUUGCUGGCUAGGCCUUGGCUAUUGCUUGGCUUUGGGGAAGGCGGGUAUAAUAAAUUCCUGGUGCUCUGUACCUAG